AUGCGCUUCCACUCGUCCCUCGUGCUGCCGCUUGCGGUCUUUGCUGCCUGUUGCAGCGCCGAUUCAACGGCCGAGCGCCGCCUCCGGUCGCAAGACGCCGGUGAGGACGCUGGAACGCCUCCGAAGAUGGACAUUUCCGUGCUGAGUAAUGUGCCCGAAGAUCAGCUGGAAAAGCAAAUUCGCAAGUUCGUCAGCAAAGUGCCGUUGCCCGAGGGCAUUACUGAGGAGCAGAUGGUCAAACUCACGCUCAAUGCGCUGGAGAGGGCGAAAGAGGACGGGAGCUUUGCCGAAGAGCUGCAGCAUAAGGCAGAGGAAGUGCAGAAAAAGAUGGAGCAGGCGAAGAAGAGGAAGCGACAGGAGGAGGACGGCGGCGACGAGGAAGACGAGGGCAAGGAGGACGAAAAGAGCGCGAAGAAACCAAAGGUCGAGGAGGAGGACGAGAAAGAAUAG